AUGAGUGAAGGGGACAUCAAAAACGAAGAAAUCGAGUCCUCCGAACCACAUGACGAACAAGAGGAUCAUGGCUUCGAGGAGGGCGAACAGCCAACGAUCAAAGCAGAAACCGCUGAAGAGAUUCAAGAAUUGCUGGCUCCAUGGAAAAGCCCUAGACAGGAACCGGUCGGCGGCGUUGUUCAGCCACGGGUACUACCACCAGUCGGAAAGCCAACGAGACACACCAAUCAGCUCGAAUUUAUCUUGAACAACGUCAUGAAGCAUGCCUUGAAGCACAAGCACGCCUGGCCGUUUACAAAGCCCGUUCAUGCUAUCGAACUUGGACUCGCGGACUACCACAAUGUUGUGAAGAGGCCGAUGGAUUUGGCAACAAUCGAGAAGCGCCUCAAGAACUUUUACUACUACACAGCCGUCGAGUGCAUGAAUGAUAUAAAUACGAUGUUCACAAAUUGCUACACGUACAAUCCGCCACAUUAUGGAGUAGACAUCCAUACCGUCUUCAACAACUGUUACUCAUUCAACCAAGCCGAGGAUGACGUGUCUUUGAUGUGCCGUAAUGUGGAGAAUCUCGUACGCGAGAAACUAAAAACCAUGCCAUCUGAGGAAAUCGAGAUUCCUCGGCCGAAGCGUGGUCCCCAAAAGAGUUCGGCAAAGCGUGCUAGUGGAUUGGCAAAGGCAGGAUCGAGCAGCUCGAAAGGUUCGGACGACUUGAAGUACCUUGAUAUGUUCCAUAAUGCAACUAGAGCGGUCUCUCGAGAAUCUUCGAUAUCCGUCUCUCGACCAGUUCCAAGCCCGUUGGCUCUUGAUCAUGAAAUGCAGAACGCAUCAACCUCAGACGUACAUGUAGCUGCUCCUGUAGCAAAAAGCAAAGGAGUGAAGCGGAAAGUGGAACCAGUUGCUGCAGAGCCUCCUCCACCACCACAACCGGCUCGCAAACGACGGAACUACGUGCCUCCUGAUUAUCCUAGCAUGGCUCCAAGAUUGAAAGGAAAGUUGUCUGAACAACUGAAAGCCUGCCAAAAGUUACUUGCCGAUAUCAAUUCAAAGAAAAACGCGGAAUUUAAUUGGCCUUUCACAAAACCUGUCGAUGUUGAGGCCCUUCAACUUUUUGACUACUACGACAAAAUUGAUGAACCAAUGGACCUCAGCACAAUAAAGAAGAAAUUUGACUACAAACAGUAUGUUUCGCACGAGGAAUUCUUGAGUGACAUCGAACUGAUGGUUGGAAAUUGCCACAAGUACAAUCCAAAAGGGGAUGCGAUCUAUGUUUUGGCCACGAAGAUGAUGAACUACGUGAAGUCAAAAUGGCCAACGGUUCUGGCGGCAACUGCGCCAGUCGAAAACGUUGCCCCACAGGAGUUGAAGGUGUCGACUUCGAAUGGUGUUGGUGAUGAAGAUCAGAUUGACCACUACAGCACUCAAGUGCAAGAAGAACUGGAGAAAACCCAACGGAGACUCAUCGAAUUGCAACGAGUCGGACAAGAACUCAGCGAAAUUCGCCAGAAGAGAUCCGACAACAGGAUGUCUGGCAAGCCUCCGAUUCCUACACAUCUCGUCACCCAAUUGCAAGAAUUGCUGAAUCAAGUGAUGGCUACUUCGACAGUCAGCCCAGCAGCUAGGAGUGUUCCAAGAAAAAGCUACCGUGAAGAAAGCCCAAUGGAUUUUGCGAGGUCACGAGCAAGAACUACUGCCAAACAACCGUCGGUUGAUGUGGCCCCACCUCCUCCUGUCAAAUCUGGGCGUGGUCGUAAGCCUGGAAGCAAAAAUAAGCCGAAGGUUGAGGAGAAUGGUCUUCCAAAGAAGGAACAAUGGCGAACGGAGUACGUUUUUGAUAGCGGUGAUGAGCACCCGCCAAUGUCAUACGAUGAGAAACGCAAUUUGUCACUUGAGAUCAACCAAUUGCCUGGAGACAAGAUUCAAAAAGUCGUCAAAAUCAUUGAAUCGAGGGAAAAGAUGGCAUACAACCCUGAAGAAAUCGAGAUCGACUUCGAAACUUUGAAGCCGAUCACUCUUCGUGAGUUGGAAGCUUUCAUCGCUUGGUGCAAGUCAAGAAACCGUGCCCAGCCCAGUGUCCAGAGGAGACCUCCAGCACCACCAGUACAGCGAGCUCCCAAUUUGGCGCCACCACCAUCAUCGUCAAGUUCUUCUUCAGGGAGUGAUUCAAGUUCGGACUCAUCGGAUUCUGAGUCAGGUACCCAUGGAAAGUGGAAGGGAAAUACGUUUGGAAAGCCAGCCGUGCCGAAUCAACCGUUGCCGAAUGCCGAGGCUGCCAAUCAUACGAAUGGAAAGCCGAAAAUGCCGACUCCUCCAUCAAUUCAGGUUCCCGUAAAGCAGUCGACUUCACCUGUAGAAGUCAAGCCACCGGUUGCAAGAAAUCCUUCUCCGCGUGUUCCUGAACCAGCUGAUCCUGUCCGAGGAAUCGUUCAUGCUGGUGCUCGACCAAUUCUUCAAAACGACAAGCCUGUUCAGGCAGCUGGAAUUGGAAGUUCAAUCAUUGAUCAACUGUUGCCUGAUACAAACGCCAAGAAGAACAAUUUGAACACCAAAGAACAAUUUGAACAUUUCAAGAAGCAACAGAAGGAGAAAGAGGAAAGGAAGGCAAUGCUUUUGGCCGAAGAGGAGAGACGUCGUAAAGCCAAAGAAACGCAAGCACAGCCACCUCAAUUAAGUGCUGAGGAGGAACGUAUUCAGAUGCAACGUUUACGUGAGCAGGAGAAACGGAAGCGUGAAAUGAUGGGCAAUGCAAUCGAUUUGACUCAUCAGAUGGAAAUUAUGAACAACUUCGAGGCCGAAUUC